AUGGCUAAGAUCCCGAGGAGCUUCCGUCUCCUCGAGGAGCUCGAGAAGGGCGAGAAGGGUCUCGGCGACGGCAGCUGCUCGUACGGUCUCAAGGACAGCGACGACAUUGCCAUGUGCGAGUGGAAUGGCACGAUCAUUGGCCCUCCUCACAGCGCGUUCGAGAACCGUAUUUUCUCGCUUAGCAUCUACUGCGGCGACAACUACCCUGACGUCCCUCCCAUCGUCAAGUUCGACAGCCGCAUCACGCUCCCCUGCGUCAACCAGCAGGGCCUUGUCGACCUUAGCCGCGUGGCCAGCAUCGCUCAAUGGCGUCGCGACUUUUCGCUUGAGAACGUCCUUGUCGAGCUCAGGAGGGAGAUGGCCGCACCUGCGAACCGCAAGACCCCGCAGCCCGUCGAGGGUUCCGAGUUUCCCCCUCUCGACAUUGUUGCGCUCGGCAAGCAGCGCCGUGCCUAG